UAGACUGUCCUGCAGCGACGUCUAAAGGCAUCCAUACUCAGAGUAUAACUUGCCUCCCGUUCGUCAGCGCAUCAAGUUCAAGGUUCAAAGCUUCAUGUCGAGUACUUAAGCUCAUCGAGCUCUCAGAUUAUACUGCCUUUUUCUUUCGGCAUCCUGGUCCGAUUACCUCUCUUCCAGAUCGGACCGUUCAAGGCGGAUCCGAAGGCCCUGGGCUGACUCAGUAGUAAAUUCUCGUCACCAUGCCCAGUAACACCGCGCUUGUGAACAUUUUCAAUCAUUCUACUAGCCGGGAGUUCCCUCACACUCUUUCGGGCGGAGAACACACGGUUCCGCUCUCCAUCAUUGAUUCGACAGUAGGCAAUUUCACUCCCUGCGAAGCCAUGUGGUUCUACGAUGCCUCUCCUUUACUCCCCAGCACCGAAAUCCUUAAAUCCACGUUCAGGAAAACCCUCGACUUUUAUCCGCAGUGGUGCAGCCGUCUUCACCGUCUUCCACCUUCCCAUACAAUCGACCGACUCACUCUAACAUUUGGCUCUGCCACAGACCCAGGAGUUCUCUUCGUCGAUGCGCGAACUAAUGUGCGACUCGCAGACCUCAUCCCUUCGCCGCGAUCCAAAGAAUGGGAUGCCUCUGAUUUACCAAAGGCCAAGUUUCUCCCGUCUACACCGUUAGCUCCCGUUGAUCCUGAGGGACCAGCCAUGUUGGUACAAGCCACGACGUUUGCAUGUGGAGGAAUUGCCAUUGACAUUCGCCUGGCGCAUCCUCUCUCUGAUGCACAAACAUUAGCCUACUUCGCUAGGGACUGGGCUCGCAUUAAACACGUUGUUCCAAACUCUGUUUUCGACCCCCAGCUUCUCGAUGCUUAUGCGACAGGUCGGAAGUUGAUGAGGCUCUUGUCAGGAGGCGCGCAAGCUACCUUGCAACCGUUACGACUGGUGGAUCUCCAGCUCAAAUUGUCCAUUUGCAUCCCAAGCAACCGUGAUCCCCCCUGAAUUCGAUCCUCCUCUUGAUGUGGGAGAGACUCGAAUGCCCUGGAGCCAAUGGAACAUCUCAAUACCCGUCUCUUACUACGCUGGGAACGGUAACUAAGUGUCCGUCUGCAUCACCGAGUGGAUGCUUGGAAUAGCUGGACAGGCGACAAAAUUCCCCACGGUCACCGUUUUCGCGUUCAGAAUUGGAGAAUUGACCUAUUUGGAAAUUCAUUUCUUAGUAGUUCUUAGUGCUAGUUUGGUGCUAAGUAGUCCAUGCAAGAUACUUACGUACAACAUGAACUACUGUUCACAAUGACGAGCGAGCCUAAUCAAGAUACAGAAUAUCACCCAGCCGGUUAACAUAUAGGUAAAGAUGGUCGAUAUCCAUUCUGAUAAGUACUAGUACUCAGACCCCCUCACAGUCUCGGAAAAGAAUCGGGGAUGUGCUCACGACGUCG